AUGGGUGUACCGAUGGAACGUGGUCAAACAAAUGGCAUUAAUGCCAUACUUUUGGGGCCACCCGGCUCUGGAAAAGGAACUCAGGCACCACUCUUGGUUAAAAAAUUUUGCGUGUGUCAUUUAUCGACGGGAGAUAUGCUUAGAGCUGAAAUCGCAACAGGUUCGAGCCUUGGAAAAGAAUUAAAAAAAACAAUGGACGAAGGUAAAUUGGUAUCCGAUGAACUCGUUGUCGAAUUAAUUGAUACUAAUAUGGAUAAACCGGAAUGUAAAAAUGGUUGGUUGCUCGAUGGAUUCCCGCGUACCGUUCCUCAAGCAGAAAAAUUAGAUGCUUUGUUGGAAAAAAAAAAAAAAAAUCUGGAUGCUGUUAUUGAAUUUUCCAUACCUGAUGAUAGUUUGGUAAGAAGAAUCACAGGAAGAUUAAUUCAUCCCCCGAGUGGACGUUCAUAUCAUGAAGAAUUUCAUCCUCCUUUGGUUGCCAUGAAAGAUGACCUAACUGGAGAACCUCUAGUGAAAAGAUCAGACGACAAUGUAGACGCUUUGAAAAAAAGGCUGGAAGCUUAUCACAAGCAAACAAAACCGUUGGUAGAUUAUUAUACGAUAAAAGGUGUUCAUUAUAAAGUAGAUGCAUCGAAACCGGCGGGAGAUGUUUUCAGCGAAAUCGAUAGCAUAUUUCAAAAAUCAAAUACUCAAAGGCAAAAAGUACGAGCAGCAAUUUAA